AACAAACAAUGUCAUCCGAAGAAGAAUUUUUGCGGUGGCUCAAUCGCAGUGAAAAGUCAUUCAUUGAAAACUUUAGAUUUGGCUUGAAAGCGUGGAACUCUGCGGAAUUCACACUUUCUAUUAAAUACCAGCUAAUUUUGAGUUGGCUGGCUUCUAAAGCUGCAAAACUUCCAGCCGAACAAAUACCCCACGAUGAGUUUGAUGAGUUGUUGCAAAUGCGUGCACAGCCGGGAUUGAUAGAUCGAGUUACUAAAAAGGAAUUCGCAGAAAUGAUGCUGGAUUUAGCUAAAAAGUGUUUGCAAAAUAGCGCACAACAAAUCACAUGCAUUUGGCCAAAGCUUUUGUAUCGAUUAUGCGAAUUUGAAGUCUUGCAGGAUCUGUAUCGCACAGAUUAUGACAUACAUGCGCGUGUUUAUUCAUCAUUACUCCAUGGUUAUGAGUUGUAUUUAAAACAGUUUACAUCGAAUCAAAAGGGUUUAAUUUCUGCAACAACGAGGGUUAUGAACAACGCCAAGGAAAGCGAAUUCUUUGCCAGCACCGUUGGUAAUUUGAGAGAUCACGUUAAAAGAACUGGCAAUACAAAACGUUACGAUCACUCCUACAGAUCGUUUAUAUUACAACCGCUGGUGCGAGUAAUCUUGUUGCUGCGAACACAUUCACUUUGCUUCUUCGAUGAACUAUUACAAUUAGAACGCUUGCUUACAGAUCACUUACCAGAUGAAAAAUUCGUCGAACGUAUUACAAUCCUACCGUUGCCGGUCCGACUUGUAACAUUAGAAUGUGGGAUUGUUAAUAGACGUGGCGUGGAAAGUUUUCUACAAAAUUUAAUACAACAUGUUUUCAAAGAACUGCAUACAGAAGUCGCGAAACAAAAUACCACUAAAAUCUCACUAAUGCUAACUGCAGCUGCUUAUACUUUGGAAAUUUUUCGGAAAUAUGAUAUUAAUUUAAAUUUCAAAAUGGAUUUAGGAAAUCAAACACCGACUAUGACGUAUUUGGGCGAGCAACUUUUAACGUGCAUUCAACAAUGCAAACAAACGCACUUGCGAGAAGUUCUUAUGUUAUUGUGUGCUGCCUUGCGUCUCAACCCACUGAUUUUGGAACAGGAUAUAUUCCAGAUAACAACCUGGAUGAUCGUAGCCGAAAAGAACGACACCGAAGAUCAUAUUCUAUUUAGCGAAUAUCUUGUAGCUCUAAUGGAUAUGUUUCGUCGAUUAAGUCGUGCUGAAAAACUAGUAUUUAACUUGCUUAAAAGUCUAAAAGAGUGGUUAAAUAAAUUUGAAAUAUUAUCAACCCGUAAAACGCCGAGGAAUUUGAAGCGUAAAUCGGGAGAAGGUGUAGAAACGCCUGCCAAGAAGCCUAAACCUUUCAUUGCAACGUCGAACGAUGAAAGUACUUAUCUGCACAUUAUUUUCAAAGAGUUUUACAAUAUAGAACCUAGAUCCACUAUCAACAGCACAAACAUUUGUGAAGGCAAUUUUCCUUAUCUACGAGCAGCAUGGCCAACAGAGAGUGUUGGUGUUGCUUUUUCCAAAUUGAUUACCGGUCUCGUUUCGAAGCCCGCACUGGUUAUUUGGCGAUCACUACUGUACUCUCUAAAAGAAUUACUUGAAAAAUUGCUUAAUCAGCCAGAUGCAAUGCGUGAAGAGAAUAACCUCUUCCUCUUGGAUCUUCACUCUGCUCUCCUUUGUGAGUACUUUUCUGGUUGUCGUCUGGUUGAGCAGUGUGAUAAAUUUUCAAACGAAGUUGAUGAACAGAUUCGAGUUACCGAAAGAGUGCUCGCACAAUACGGACGUCUUUUGCUUUCUCAGGGGCAUAAUAGUCGUACAACUUGCGCAUUUCUUGAAUGUGCCUUUUACGUAACAAAUUUUGAAUUAUUACUUUACUAUUAUCGUCCAGAUGGAUUCGAAAGUGAUCUAUUACUACGUUCAGAAGGCAUACACGCUUUUUUAAAUACAGAGGAGUGGACAUCAUUACAGGAACGAGUGCAGAGUUUUGGUAAAUCGCAGUGCAAAUUUCUUUUCAAUCGGUUGAUGCUACAACGCGCGCAAGCACAAUCACUCGUUCAAGCGUCGUCGAAUAUUAAAUCGGUUGAUCUACAAAAGUCAUUGCUGACAAGUCUGGCUGAUGGUCAAUUGCCGGGUGAACUUGCGCGGCUGCUUCAACAAGUACCCAGCACAAAGUGGUUUGUCAGUCACUUGAAAGAGAAACAAAAGGAUAGCAUUUUGCAGCAGCUACUGGAUGCACCUACAGCAAUUAAGGCAAUUGCAGAAGACCUAGCAUUAUUGGAAACACUGGCAGUAGCGUUGGGGGCACGUUUGUCCCAAAUAUUCGGAGCAGCUGCCAAGGGUUCUAUCUUGGCUACUUUGAAUUGCAGUUUCGAUACAUUAAACGCGUAUAUACGUGCUGAUCAAAAUACGGCAGAUAAGGAACUACUGAAACUGAUUGCGAUUGUUGAUGGGCACGCUGCGGGUGAUUGCAAGCUGAGUCAACAACCCGAUGUUGAAGAAAUACAAAAAAUUAUUAGCCUAUGCCGACAAUUGCCGUUGGGACAUCUACGUAAACAAAGUAAAAUUUUUGUAUUCACGUUGUUUUUGGCAUUCUACAGCGAUUUAAAUAGAUUGAAUUCAACAGACUUCGAAAAGUUUGCAGAAGAAGUGUUUGAGAUCAUGAUAGAUUUUCUGCACUUCGGUCAACAUGUACCAAUAUUUAAAUAUUUCGCUUUAACAACAAUCUUCAAAAUUUUACCUGUUUCUGGCGCAUGGCAGUUCUAUGAAUAUGUGUUUCACACUAUUAAAUGCGAGGAAAAGGGCAGCGAACAAUUUCUCGCUUCCUACGCUAGCAACUUAGAAUCUACGCAGAGUUCUGAUACUAAACUUAGCGAUGAUCAGCGCCGACUUUUAUUGAUCGCCAUAGAAACACUUGCAGCACUUGGUGGACCUGCCGCUAAACGCAUGCGUAAACAUUUUGAACGUAUGCUGGCUAUAUACUCCAAUUACAUAACAGCAUACUUUAGCAAACACGCCGAAAAAUCCAACACGGACACCUCAGUUGAUAGUCAUGCAAAAAAAUAUAAGAGAUUUGUGGAAAAAACCUUGGCCGGUUUCGCGCCAUUUGCAAAUGCUUUACUUACAAACGCGUCUGCUGAUAAUGCCAAAGGCGAAAAUAAGUCUGGAGUUAUUGUGAAUGAUAACUUCAGACGCAUUUGUAAAAUAUAUAUUGGACAUUCGAUGGACUAUCGUAAUCCACAUGCCAUACGUCUGCUGCAAGUGGCACUAAAUCAUCGGCAGUUGCUACACUUGGAUCAGGACGAGAUAGAAUUUGUGCUCAGCCAUUACUGGGAGCAAUUGAAUGCAGAUUUAAACGCAUCCAACCUAAUUGAAGCGAAUGCUUUAAAGACAACUGAGAUGACUGUAAAGAUGAUCAUUGGUAACAAGACAAAUGAAGAUCUGCUCUUAACACUGCACAGUCUAGCCAAGAAUUUGGAUGACUUGAAAGAGUUUAGAAAUAUAUUACGCUGUCUUGAGUUGGUAGCAAAAUGUUCAUUUAGUACUAUAAAGGGCGCUAUUUUCAACGAAAAAUUUAAAUCUAUUACUUGCAACAUCAUAUUGAGGCUCGUAAAGGAUGAGAAACAGCAAUUUGUGGACAAGGAACAAGUAUUCGCAAUACUGGCAGCGCAGCAGUCGUUAGUCGAGAACAAAAUGAUACCCAUUUCUAUGGAUACUAUAGAUGACAUACUUGCCUUUUUAAUGGAUAUCAAUAUUAAACGGUUCGCACUCUCUGAAAAUAAUUUGAGCACUUUUAAGCGAUUGCAUUGGUCAAUGACAGAUUUGGUUGGCGGUCUCAUACGACAAAGACAUGUACUUCUUAUGGACAGAGUGCCACAAUUUACGCAUAUUUUUAAAGAUCUCAUACAAUCGAUUGUAUGGUAUAAGAGUGAUCGUCAAAAGGAUGCAGCGUUAUCGUCAACCGAGCUGGAGGAUUUGGCAGAGCUGGCGAUGAAAGUGGAGGCUUUAAUGCAUUUGAUCGCUGCCCACAGUGUGCAUGUCAAGCGUGUGGCGCCUUUUGUUCUCACAUUUGUCAUUGGUUUAAUGGUGGCCAAUAAACGAGCGACAACUUUAUAUCCGAAGAUCAAAACUCAUAUUGAUAACGUUUGUUACGAUUUAAUUGGAAUUUGCGAUCAUCGUGUUGGACGUUUUAUCUUGCGAUGUUCUAAUGAAGCCGCUCGACAAGUAUAUGAAUUGUACGUUAAAGAUCAUAAAAAGUACCACAAAUUCAAGGGCAAAGUGUGAAUUCGUAUUAUACCUGUGCAUAUGUACAUUUAUUAUUCUUAAAAUGUAAGUCCAAUAUCUUGUAACCUCUUUGUUCCACAACAUACAUAUGUAUAUACAUUUGUAUUAAUAGGUGUGUAAUUUAAAUAAGGAUUAUCAUUGUCGCCUUAAGAGUAUAAACCUGCUAACUGAAGACAAAAAGAUUAUAAUAUUCUUUUUUGUUGCUUAUAAAUCAAUCUCAAGAUGUAUAUAAAACAAGUAAUUUUUAAGCAAAAAACAAAACCGACUUUAAUUCUC